CGGGGCGGCAGGGUGAUGGGCGGCGGGGCUCUGUCGGGAGCGCUGUGGCUGGGGCUGCUGUGGGCCGGCAGCGGGGCCGGGGGGAGCUGCUCGGGAAAGUGCUGCGAGGGUCGGGACGCCGCUUGUGUCGGCGAGGGAUGGAGGGAGGGAGGGGGCUACGGGACCUGCUACUGCGACGGAGGGUGCCGGCGAGCCGGGGACUGCUGCCACGACCACAGCCAGGCGUGCCCGGCUCUUCCAUGUGUUGUGGGGGAGUGGAGUCAUUGGAGUGGCUGUGCAGAGCAGUGUCAACCCAAUCUGCGGAUACGGAGGCGCUAUGUACAGCAGGAACCUAAAAAUGGUGGGGAACCUUGUCCUGCUCUAGAGGAGAAGGCUGGCUGCCUGGAAUACCUGACUUACCAGGGAAAGGACUGUGGCCAGGAGCAUGUCCCUGCUUUCAUAACUACCUCUGAAUACGGUAAAGAAAGAAAACGGCGAGCGGCGUCUUCUCUCUGGCCUUCAGACAAAGAAGCAGCUGGAUACUGUGUGGAAUUUAAAACAGAAUCACUUUCACACCACUGUGCUUUGGAGAAUCGGCCAUACGCUCGAUGGAUGCAGUACCUACGAGAAGGACAUACUGUGUGUGUGGCUUGCCAGCCUCCAGCGAUGAAUACCGACACGCAGCGCUGUUCUGGAGAUGGCCAUAAUGCAGAUGGAGGUAAAAUUUUACACUGGGAAGCAGUUGGCAACUCUCAGUGCCAAGGAACCUGGAAGAAGAUUCGGCAGCUGGAGCAAUGUUCAUGUCCCCUUGUGCAUAGCUUUAUUUUUACAUAAAAGUUUAAAAGAC